GAAUAUCCGUUUGACGAUAAAACGGCUUCUAAUUUUGCCGAUAUUCAGAAUUAUUGGAAUUUUUCCGCAGGUGCCACAAAAGAAUUAGGCAUGCUUGCGAUCUGUUUAUUCUCAAUUUGUAUUAAUUCUGCAUCAUGUGAACGCUUAUUUUCGACAAUGGGCUUUUUUCACAAUUCACGGCGCACCAGAUUACCACUUGAUAAAGUUUUUUCAAUGGCACAAAUGCGUGCUGAAAUUAAUUAUAAACGCACAAUUGAAGCAGCAAAAUCUCUGGAGCAAAGCAUAUCAGCAAACAUAAAUACUAUAUUUGGUUCUGAUAAUCGUGAACACAUACAAACAAAUUAUGAUGAACAAGAAAGUUCUAGUGUUAUAGAAUUAGAAACUAACGCUAAUAACGAAAAUGCUGAAAUGAUUGUUGAAGAUGAUUCAGAAUCAAGUGCAAAUGAAGAUAUUAGUGAUGAAUGGAAAGCAGUUCUUAAAGAAUGGUCUGAGAGUCUUGUUUUCGAAGAAGAAAGUGUAGAAGAACUAGAAAGUUUGUUUGAAACGGAAGAAACAGCGAAUUUAUCUUCAAAUGAAUUAUUAGUAGGCUUGAAACAUCCUGCAGAAGACCCCACAGGAAAAUGGAAACUUGCCAAUUUAUUUGACUUCGAGUUUUCAACACCCUCAUCUAUAAAAAAACUGAUGAUAAUUCAAGACAAUUGA